AUGGUCUUGCACUUCUCACCAUGGCGACACGAAUCUGAACUGGCCAUGGUCCGGGACUGGUUCUUCGCCGGUCAUGUGAAACACGACGAUGGGUUUUCGGACCCGAUGCCAGACAUGCGGCAACGAGCCGUGGACCGGGUCAACCUGUGGCUCUUCAAAGCCGGUCAUCUACCCCCGGCUCUCAUUGCAACCGCUGGCCUGACCGAAGCAUUGCUGCACGACGAGGCAAGUCGCACAGAACGUGGCAUUUCUGACUUGGCCAUGCAGAGCAUCUAUGCGAUGGCGUUCGCGCGAUUUGUCAACGGAUUCGUUGAUCGCGACGUGGCCCGUUCCCAGGCCGCCGAACUGGCCUUGGAUGGCGCUGAUGUCGAUAAUGUGGCCGCGGCGACCUCGACCGCCAAGGGGGAGAGUUCGAUGUAUGCCCAUGCAGCCACAAUCGGGAUGCCGCCUAAAUUCGUGGAUUUGCGGCACGAGGUUACACACGGGCACAUUCCUAGCCUGAUAUACCUGAAGCGAAUGACUCUCCAGGCAUUAGAGUGGUUGUGGGAUAGAUGGUGGCUGAAGAAUGCUACGGGAGAUCCAUCGCGCGCCUUGAGGGAGCUGGAGGAGCGGACAUGGCUUUGCCGGCAAGCAAGGGAGGCCGAUGAAUCUCGGGCUCUCGUUGCCCAGGGUGCAGCCACUGUCGGAAUGAGCACAUCUGAUCAAGUCUACGAUGCUAUGGCCGUAGAUGAGUCGAACGGUAGCCAUGGGAUAGUAGAGGACAACCCUUCUCGUCCGUCGAUCAAGGGAGGCAAACCCUCUCGAAAACGCAAGCAGGCCGCAUAA